CCAUGUAACAGCUGGUUCUUAGAAAAAAGGAUUCGUAAUGACAGAGUGAUUCGACCGUGGGUGUCGCAAUCAUGAGCCUGGACCGCGUUGGCAUCGGUUGUGCCGGCUAUUUAAAACCACACGUGCACACUAUUUAUGAAGGGCCAGCCUCACUCCAAGCAACGCACCAGGCUCGCCAUGGCCACACUUUCACACCUUCCACUUGCACUGCUUAUACUUGCAGCUUGUUGUGUCCUUGCCUUAGCCAGUGGAGGUGGUCAAUGGAAGCUUUUGAAGCGUAGCAUUGGCAUCUCGGCCAUGCACAUGGCAUUGCUACCAAACAAUCGGGUGAUAAUGUUCGACAGGACCGAUUUUGGGCCGUCUAAUGUGUCCCUGCCAAAUGGCCGCUGUCGCAAAGACCGUCACGACCGGGCUCUUCAGACUGAUUGCUGGGCACACUCUGUCGAGCUCAACUGGGUCACGCAUGGUGUUCGUCCUCUCACCAUACUGACGGACACUUGGUGUUCAUCUGGCGCACUGGCGCCUGAUGGCCAUUUGAUUCAGACAGGUGGAUCUAACGAUGGCGAGCGCGUUGUGCGCACAUUCUCGCCAUGUGCCACCUGUGACUGGGCUGAGUUGCCUGACGGCCUUGCCAUGCCACGGUGGUAUGCCAGCAACCAAAUCCUUCCUGAUGGUCGCAUAAUAGUUGUUGGCGGUCGAGGACAGUUCAACUAUGAGUUUGUCCCAAAAACUGAUCCAUCAGAGCAUAGCAUGUAUCCAUUGGAGUUUCUUUCAGAGACUCGAGAUGAUUGUGAGAACAAUCUCUACCCUUUUCUCCAUCUCUUGCCUGAUGGCACCCUCUUCUUGUUCGCAAACACCAAGGCCAUCUCCCUUGACUACAUCACCCACCGCGUCGUACGCACAUUUCCUGCACUACCCGGUGAGUCACGAAAUUACCCAAGCACUGGCUCCUCUACAAUGCUCCCACUCAUUUUAGCUGUAAACAGUACACAACCAGUGGAUGCUGAAGUCCUUGUUUGUGGCGGUGCACCAUCGCAUUCUAAUUUUCAAGCCAACAAAGGCGUGUUCCUUCCGGCCUCUAGAACAUGUGGUCGAAUAAAAGCAACCGACGAAUCCCCGGAAUGGAGCAUUGAGACAAUGCCGUUAAAAAGAGUCAUGGGUGACAUGGUAAUGCUUCCCACAGGUGAAAUUCUCAUUAUUAAUGGAGCCGGAAAGGGCACAGCAGGCUGGGGAGUCGGAAGAGACCCGGUUUUGUGCCCUGUGCUUUAUAAACCCGAUGCACCGAUAGGCCAUCGGUUUGAGGUUUUGAGCCCAUCUUCAACCCCAAGGCUUUAUCAUUCUUCAGCCCAAUUACUUUCCGAUGGUCGAGUCCUUGUGGGAGGAAGUAAUCCGAAUAGGGGAUACAAUUUUUCCGGUGUCCUUUUCCCGACGGAGCUGAGCCUCGAGUUCUUUUCACCGCCUUAUAUCAAGCUGAAGUGGUCGAGGCCAAAAAUCACAUCAUUAAAACCAGGUAGAACAAUGUCGUAUACCCAACAUUUCUAUAUAAACUUUUACUCGAGAAAACAAUCAACAAAAGGUGUGGAUGAGAUUUUGGUGACAAUGGUUGCUCCCUCUUUUACUACGCACUCUGUUUCUAUGAACCAGAGGCUAUUGGUUCUCAGGGUGAUGGGGCUUGAGGGUGGGCAUGAUGGGGCUUACAGGGUUGAAUGUGUGCCUCCAGUAUCAGCUGUGUUGGCGCCUCCUGGUUAUUAUCUAUUGUUUCUGGUCCAUGGUGGGUCGCCUAGCCGUGGGGUUUGGGUUCGGUUGGGUAAGGAUUAGCUCACUAUUUAUGGUUUUUGGGUCAUAGUGGUAAUUGUGAAUUGACAUACGAUAAUUGAGUCCGAGGACUUCGAUCAAGUCGAUUUUAUUAUUAUUAUUUUCUAUUUAAUUUUUUUUUCAAUAUUUAAGACAUCAGUGCUCAUUGAUGUUUGUUAUGGCAAAAACAUAGUAAAAGUGAUCUGUACAGAUGUUGUAGUAUGUGGUUUCAAGUUAAUAUGUCACCACAAUGUUUGUCCAUAUUUGAUCAGCAAUUAUUACCAUGCCCAUUUUUCACAAUAACUUCGUUUGG